CACACACACACAUGCAGACCCAAUCUUACACACACACACACUUGCUCAUCAGCGCUCCACUGGGAUUACAGCACCACUGGACGGGUCUGUACCAACACCUGCCAAUACAGGCUGAAUACACACUAACAAACACACACACACACACACUAGCUCAGGGAGAGAAAGGAAGGAGGGAAGUUAAGAGAAAAAAGGAGAGAGAAGAACAAGAAGUGUUUUCUGGUUACAUUUUAGGAUAAAAUUGCCGAAGUCAUUGGAUGAUGGGGAGGAACAGGAUAACACCAAACCCUUGGAGGGAAACUUGGAGGGAAGAUACAGUGUAAAGUUUGUGGAUGUAUCUACCUUACUGGACUGCAGUAUAAAGUUUUUCACAGGAAAGGUUUUCAAGGGGUCAAGCCUCCAGCCACGGUAAUGAGGAGCAGCCAGUCGAUCAGCUCCCACUCCUUCCUCACCCUCCUCCUCCUCUUCCUAACCUGGCCCAGCCUUGCACAGGACCAAGAUGCCACCACGGCAACAGAUAGCCCGACCUCUGACCUGAACACAUUGACAGCCAAUCAGACGGCCUCAUUCUCUGACGAGGAGGUCACGACGCAGGCUUCCCUGGAAACAGGUCUGUCAACGCCUAGCAGUGGCGAUGCAGAUGACGAGGAUGUAGUUCUGACCUCUGGAACUCGUUGUCAGGGUUACUACGAUGUAAUGGGCCAAUGGGACCCUCCGUUCAACUGUAACGCCGGCGUGUUCCUGCAUUGCUGUGGAACCUGCUUCUACCGGUUCUGCUGCCAGUUCCGCCAGCAACGCCUGGACCAGACCAUCUGCUCCAACUAUGACACGCCCAUUUGGGCCAACACCGGCAAGCCCGUGGCAACCGCCCCUGAGGGCCAGGGCGACCAAGAACGGGACCGCACCCACAUGAUCGUGUACAUCAUCUGUGGGGUGGUGGCCAUCAUGGUGCUGGUGGGGAUCUUCACCAAGCUGGGCCUGGAGAAGAGCAGAGGGGGAGGAAGAGGAGCAGGGCAGAACGACCCCAGCAACUCCAGAACCCUGACAGAGCUUCUGAAGCAGCCUGGGGGGGAGGUGAGUUGCGUGGACAGCACCAGCCCCCCCAUAGGAGCAGGGGCCAACGGGAUCUCUGCCAGGAUGCUACGCAGCCGCAGUGAACACUACCAGCUGAACAAUGCAGGUUUGUCUCAGUUUGGCCCAGGUCUGCCUCACCCCCACAGCAAUCUCAGUGGUCUGGCACUCAACAAGUACACCUCCCUCAAGGCUGUGGCGGACACAGCCUCCAGAGGUUACUAUAAAAGCUACCCGCUGAUGGACUUCUCUCAAUACCAGCCUGCUGCAGCCCCGACCUUCCAUCAUGCAUCCCUGCACCAGAAAGACAAGUCCUACCUACACCAGGUUGACCAGGGCCACCAGGGCCACCAGCGGCACGCAUCCCUGGGCUCCCAUGACCUCCAUGCCCCUCUUUCCAUCUCCAUCCCCCCCAACCACCUGGAGCGCUCUCGCCUCACCAAGACCACCACCCACCCCCUGUUGGCCAGUUCGGCCUUCAAACCCUUGGAUACGAGUGGGCGAUAUGUCCGCAGGCAGUCCUCCCAUCCUGUGCACUCGUCCACGGGACGCCGGCACCCAACCUACUCGGUCCGGAGGCAGCAGAGCAUAGAGGCACUGCAAGAGCUGUACAACCAGCCCCAGGCCUACAGAGGGCACCCUGAACCUCUGCCCCCUGACCAACACUCUUCCUACUACCACCACACCAGACACAAGUCAUACACCAACAGCAAGACUGAGGUGACUGUCUGAGGAGAGGUUCAGAGCAUCAUGGUCCCACUAGAGAGUGACAGAAGGAAGAGAGACGUUGGAAACUAGGGAACAGAAGAAAGAAACUAGCUAAAGAACCUAGAAAACAAGUUAAAACUAGCUAAAGAGGUUUAUGGAAAACUACAAGGGGGGGUCAAAUAACUGUAAUAAGGGAACCACAAAAGAAAGUAAAAAGAAAACAUUCUAGAUCUGUCAGAUAAACGACACAGGAGUAUAGAGUAACUACAAGACAGAGACACAGCACUACUCAUGACUGAUGAACUAAAAUCCUUUCAGCCUGACAGCACAUGGAUAUGGAAGGAGACAUGAGCAUGUCACUCUCCAGAGAAGACUUUCUAAGCUCAACAUAAUCGUUGGUCACCUUUCCUUCAUUUUCCUCCUUCCUCUCUCAGCUCUUCUCUUCUUGUGGCUCAAAGGAUCUCUCUAUUUUUGACGACUUCACAUGUUCUGCCUUUCCUGUCUGCCAUACAAGUUCAGCUCCCACUCCCUACAUCCAAUUCCACAAAUAUACUCCUCCUCCCCCUUCACUCCCUCACCUCCAUCUGUUUUCUGGUCUGUUGGAUUGUAGUGUUUUCUAGCUGUCCAAGCAGUUCACUGGGGUGGAGCACCUUGAGGCCGCAUUAACUGGACGGGGACAAUACCAUCAUCGUGUCAGCUCCUAUCAGCCCUGGCCUCAACGCUCGACUCAGAGAGAUGCAGACAAGGGAAUAUGGAGAGAGGAAGUGAGAGAAAGAGAGAGGGAGAAAUAAAGAGGAAAUGAAGAGGAAGAGGGA